GACGGACUGGUUAUCCGUUUUUCGAAUUUGCAGCGUGUAUCAGAAAGACGCAUCAUUGAUCAAUGAUGAGGCUUUUCGUUUGUCUUAUCGUCUGCUUCUGUUCGGCAGUAGCUAACGCACAAGUAUCAAUCCGUCUAGUCGAUGGCUCAUCAAGUAACGAAGGUCGAGUUGAAGUCAAUUACAACGGACAAUGGGGAACCGUCUGUGAUGAUCUCUGGGACGACACCGAUGCGGCAGUGGUGUGUCAAAUUCUGGGUCUAGGUGAGACUGGAAGUGCCCUUGGGAGUGCUGCCUUUGGACAAGGGAGUGGAGACAUCAUUCUGGACAAUGUUGAGUGCGUUGGAACCGAAACGGAUCUCUUCUCGUGUCCUAGUAACGGACCACUCAGUCACAACUGCGGGCAUAGUGAAGACGCAGGAGUGCAAUGCAUCAGCACACCAUCCGUAUCAAUCCGUCUAGUCGAUGGCUCAUCAAGUAACGAAGGUCGAGUUGAAGUCAAUUACAACGGACAAUGGGGAACCGUCUGUGAUGAUCUCUGGGACGACACCGAUGCGGCAGUGGUGUGUCAAAUUCUUGGUCUAGGUGAGACUGGAAGUGCCCUUAGUAAUGCUGCCUUUGGACAAGGGAGUGGAGACAUCAUUCUGGACAAUGUUGAGUGCGUUGGAACUGAAACGGAUCUCUUCUCGUGUCCUAGUAACGGACCACUCAGUCACAACUGCGGGCAUAGUGAAGACGCAGGAGUGCAAUGCUUCAGCACACCAUCCGUAUCAAUCCGUCUAGUCGAUGGCUCAUCAAGUAACGAAGGUCGAGUUGAAGUCAAUUACAACGGACAAUGGGGAACCGUCUGUGAUGAUCUCUGGGACGACACCGAUGCGGCAGUGGUGUGUCAAAUUCUUGGUCUAGGUGAGACUGGGAGUGCCCUUAGUAAUGCUGCCUUUGGACAAGGGAGUGGAGACAUCAUUCUGGACAAUGUUGAGUGCGUUGGAACUGAAACGGAUCUCUUCUCGUGUCCUAGUAACGGACCACUCAAUCACAACUGCGGGCAUAGUGAAGACGCAGGAGUGCAAUGCAUCAGCACACCAUCCGUAUCAAUCCGUCUAGUCGAUGGCUCAUCAAGUAACGAAGGUCGAGUUGAAGUCAAUUACAACGGACAAUGGGGAACCGUCUGUGAUGAUCUCUGGGACGACACCGAUGCGGCAGUGGUGUGUCAAAUUCUUGGUCUAGGUGAGACUGGGAGUGCCCUUAGUAAUGCUGCCUUUGGACAAGGGAGUGGAGACAUCAUUCUGGACAAUGUUGAGUGCGUUGGAACUGAAACGGAUCUCUUCUCGUGUCCUAGUAACGGACCACUCAAUCACAACUGCGGGCAUAGUGAAGACGCAGGAGUGCAAUGCAUCAGCACACCAUCCGUAUCAAUCCGUCUAGUCGAUGGCUCAUCAAGUAACGAAGGUCGAGUUGAAGUCAAUUACAACGGACAAUGGGGAACCGUCUGUGAUGAUCUCUGGGACGACACCGAUGCAGCAGUCGUGUGUCAAAUUCUUGGUCUAGGUGAGAGCGGGAGUGCCCUUGGGAGUGCUGCCUUUGGACAAGGUAGUGGAGACAUCAUUCUGGACAAUGUUGAGUGUGUCGGAACUGAAACGGAUCUCUUCUCGUGUCCUAGUAACGGACCACUCAGUCACAACUGCGGGCAUGGAGAAGACGCAGGAGUGCAAUGCAUCAGCACACCAUCCGUAUCAAUCCGUCUAGUCGAUGGCUCAUCAAGUAACGAAGGUCGAGUUGAAGUCAAUUACAACGGACAAUGGGGAACCGUCUGUGAUGAUCUGUGGGACGACACCGAUGCAGCAGUCGUGUGUCAAAUUCUUGGUCUAGGUGAGAGCGGGAGUGCCCUUAGUAAUGCUGCCUUUGGACAAGGGAGUGGAGACAUCAUUCUGGACAAUGUUGAGUGUGUCGGAACUGAAACGGAUCUUUUCUCGUGUCCUAAUAACGGACCACUCAUUCACAACUGCGGGCAUGGUGAAGACGCAGGAGUGCAAUGCAGCAGCACAUCAUCCGUAUCAAUCCGUCUAGUCGAUGGCUCAUCAAGUAACGAAGGUCGAGUUGAAGUCAAUUACAACGGACAAUGGGGAACCGUCUGUGAUGAUCUGUGGGACGACACCGAUGCAGCAGUCGUGUGUCAAAUUCUUGGUCUAGGUGAUACUGGGAGUGCCCUUAGUAAUGCUGCCUUUGGACAAGGGAGUGGAGACAUCAUUCUGGACAAUGUUGAGUGUGUCGGAACUGAAACGGAUCUUUUCUCGUGUCCUAAUAACGGACCACUCAUUCACAACUGCGGGCAUGGUGAAGACGCAGGAGUGCAAUGCAGCAGCACACCAUCCGCCUUGACAGCAUCAAUACGUCUUGUCGAUGGCUCAUCAAGUAACGAAGGUCGAGUCGAAGUCAAUUACAACGGACAAUGGGGAACCGUCUGUGAUGAUCUCUGGGACGACACCGAUGCAGCAGUCGUGUGUCAAAUUCUUGGUCUAGGUGAGACCGGGAGUGCCCUUAGUAAUGCUGCCUUUGGACAAGGUAGUGGAGACAUCAUUCUGGACAAUGUUCAGUGUGUCGGAACUGAAACGGAUCUCUUCUCGUGUCCUAGUAACGGGCCACUCAGUCACAACUGCGGGCACGGUGAAGACGCUGGGGUACGAUGCAACAGCACAUCAUCCGGUACAGUGUCUCGAAAUCCUUGUUCCAACUCCUUUUGUCAUAAUGGUGGUAGCUGUAUUGCUCCAGCAGACCUUCCGAUGUGUAUUUGCCAGCUUGGAUUUAGUGGGGAGUUCUGUCAGGAACCAUCAAUCCGUCUAGUCGAUGGCUCAUCAAAUAACGAAGGUCGAGUUGAAGUCAAUUACAACGGACAAUGGGGCACCGUAUGUGAUGAUCUCUGGGACGACACCGAUGCUACAGUCGUGUGUCAAAUUCUUGGUCUAGGUGAGACUGGGAGUGCCCUUGGAAGUGCUGCCUUUGGACAAGGUAGUGGAGACAUCAUUCUGGACAAUGUUGAGUGUGUCGGAACUGAAACGGAUCUCUUCUCGUGUCCUAGUAACGGACCACUCAGUCACAACUGCGGGCAUGGUGAAGACGCAGGAGUGCAAUGCAGCAGCACACCAUCAGCAUCACUCCGUCUAGUCGAUGGCUCAUCAAGUAACGAAGGUCGAGUUGAAGUCAAUUACAACGGACAAUGGGGAACCGUCUGUGAUGAUCUCUGGGAUGACACCGAUGCAGCAGUCGUGUGUCAAAUUCUUGGUCUAGGUGAGAGCGGGAGUGCCCUUGGAAGUGCUGCCUUUGGACCAGGUAGUGGAGACAUCAUUCUGGACAAUGUUGAGUGUGUCGGAACUGAAACGGAUCUCUUCUCGUGUCCUAGUAACGGACCACUCAGUCACAACUGCGGGCAUGGUGAAGACGCAGGAGUGCAAUGCAGCGGCACACCAUCCGUAUCAAUCCGUCUAGUCGAUGGCUCAUCAAGUAACGAAGGUCGAGUUGAAGUCAAUUACAACGGACAAUGGGGAACCGUCUGUGAUGAUUUCUGGGACGACACCGAUGCGGCAGUGGUGUGUCAAAUUCUUGGCCUAGGUGAGAGCGGGAGUGCCCUUGGGAGUGCUGCAUUUGGAGAAGGGAGUGGAGACAUCAUUCUGGACGACGUUCAGUGUGUUGGAACUGAAACGGAUCUUUUUUCGUGUCCUAAUAACGGACCACUCAAUCACAACUGCGGGCAUGGUGAAGACGCAGGAGUGCAAUGCAUCAGCACAUCAUCGGGUGCAAUCCGUCUUGUCGAUGGCUCAUCAAGUAACGAAGGUCGAGUCGAAGUCAAUUACAACGGACAAUGGGGAACCGUCUGUGAUGAUCUGUGGGACGACACCGAUGCUACAGUUGUGUGUCAAAUUCUGGGUCUAGGUGAGACUGGGAGUGCCCUUGGGAGUGCUGCAUUUGGAGAAGGUAGUGGAGACAUCAUUCUGGACAAUGUGCAGUGUGUCGGAACUGAAACGGAUCUCUUCUCGUGUCCUAGUAACGGACCACUCAGUCACAACUGCGGGCAUGGAGAAGACGCAGGAGUGCAAUGCAGCAGCACACCAUCAGUAUCAAUCCGUCUAGUCGAUGGCUCAUCAAGUAACGAAGGUCGAGUUGAAGUCAAUUACAACGGACAAUGGGGAACCGUCUGUGAUGAUUUCUGGGACGACACCGAUGCGGCAGUGGUGUGUCAAAUUCUUGGUCUAGGUGAGAGCGGGAGUGCCCUUGGGAGUGCUGCAUUUGGAGAAGGUAGUGGAGACAUCAUUCUGGACGACGUUCAGUGUGUUGGAACUGAAACGGAUCUUUUUUCGUGUCCUAAUAACGGACCACUCAAUCACAACUGCGGGCAUCGUGAAGACGCAGGAGUGCAAUGCAUCAGCACACCAUCUGGUGCAAUCCGUCUUGUCGAUGGCUCAUCAAGUAACGAAGGCCGAGUCGAAAUCAAUUACAACGGACAAUGGGGAACCGUCUGUGAUGAUCUGUGGGACGACACCGAUGCGGCAGUGGUGUGUCAAAUUCUUGGUCUAGGUGAGACUGGGAGUGCCCUUGGUAGUGCUGCAUUUGGAGAAGGUAGUGGAGACAUCAUUCUGGACAAUGUUCAGUGUGUCGGAACUGAAACGGAUCUUUUCUCGUGUCCUAGUAACGGACCACUCAGUCACAACUGUGUGCACGCUGAAGACGCAGGAGUGCAAUGCAUCAGCACAUCAUCUGCAUCAAUCCGUCUUGUCGAUGGCUCAUCAAGUAUCGAAGGUCGAGUUGAAGUCAAUUACAACGGACAAUGGGGAACCGUCUGUGAUGAUUACUGGGACGACACCGAUGCUACAGUCGUGUGUCAAAUUCUAGGUCUAGGUGAGAGUGGGAGUGCCCUUGGGAGUGCUGCUUUUGGACAAGGUAGUGGAGACAUCAUUCUGGACAAUGUUCAGUGUGUCGGAACUGAAACGGAUCUCUUCUCGUGUCCUAGUAACGCACCACUCAGUCACAACUGUGUGCACGCUGAAGACGCAGGAGUGCAAUGCAUCAGCACAUCAUCUGGUGCAAUCCGUCUUGUCGAUGGCUCAUCAAGUAACGAAGGUCGAGUUGAAGUCAAUUACAACGGACAAUGGGGAACCGUCUGUGAUGAUCUGUGGGACGACACCGAUGCGGCAGUGGUGUGUCAAAUUCUUGGUCUAGGUGAGAGCGGGAGUGCCCUUGGUAGUGCUGCAUUUGGACCUGGUAGUGGAGACAUCAUUCUUGACAAUGUUCAGUGUGUCGGAACUGAAACGGAUCUCUUCUCGUGUCCUAGUAACGGACCACUCAGUCACAACUGCGGGCAUAGUGAAGACGCAGGAGUGCAAUGCACCAGCACACCAUCCGUAUCAAUCCGUCUAGUCGAUGGCUCAUCAAGUAACGAAGGUCGAGUUGAAGUCAAUUACAACGGACAAUGGGGAACCGUCUGUGAUGAUUUCUGGGACGACACCGAUGCGGCAGUGGUGUGUCAAAUUCUUGGUCUAGGUGAGAGCGGGAGUGCCCUUGGGAGUGCUGCAUUUGGACAAGGGAUUGGAGACAUCAUUCUUGACGACGUUCAGUGUGUUGGAACUGAAACGGAUCUCUUCUCGUGUCCUAAUAACGGACCACUCAGUCACAACUGCGGGCAUGGUGAAGACGCAGGAGUGCGAUGCAUCAGCACAUCAUCUGGUGCAAUCCGUCUUGUCGAUGGCUCAUCAAGUAACGAAGGCCGAGUCGAAAUCAAUUACAACGGACAAUGGGGAACCGUCUGUGAUGAUCAAUGGGACGACACCGAUGCUAGAGUUGUGUGUCAAAUUCUUGGUAUAGGUGAGACUGCGAGUGCCCUUGGUAGUGCUGCAUUUGGAGAAGGUAGUGGAGACAUCAUUCUUGACAAUGUUCAGUGUACCGGAACUGAAUCGAACCUCUUCUCGUGUCCUAGUAACGGACCACUCAGUCACAACUGUGUGCACGCUGAAGAUGCAGGAGUUCAAUGCGGCAGCACAUCAUCUGACAACUCCAGUGGCUAUCCGUUUGGUUACAACAGUGAAUCUUCAUACCAUUAUGCAUUAUUAAACGUCUCGCAAACUUUAGGUGCAAUCCGUCUUGUCGAUGGGUCAUCAGGUAACGAAGGUCGAGUCGAAAUCGAAUACAACGGACAAUGGGGAACCGUCUGUGAUGAUCUCUGGGACGACACCGAUGCGACAGUGGUGUGUCAAAUUCUUGGUCUAGGUGAGAGCGGGAGUGCCCUUAGAAAUGCUGCCUUUGGACAAGGGAGUGGAGACAUCAUUCUUGACGACGUACAGUGUGUCGGAACUGAAACGGAUCUCUUCUCGUGUCCUAGUAACGGACCACUCAGUCACAACUGCGUGCAUGCUGAAGACGCAGGAGUGCGAUGCAUCAGCACAUCAUCCGAAUCAAUCCGUCUUGUCGGUGGCCAAUCAAUUAACGAAGGUCGAGUCGAAGUGCGUUACGAUGGACAAUGGGGAACCGUCUGUGAUGAUCUCUGGGACGACGCCGAUGCUGCAGUGGUGUGUCGAGCUCUUGGAUUUGGUGAUACAGCAGCUGCCAUCGGCCAAGCGAUGUUUGGGGAAGGUACUAAUAAAAUUGUCCUAGACAAUGUAGAGUGUCUUGGAAACGAAGCCGAUCUCUUCGCUUGUCCCAGCAAUGGUCCACUCAUCCACGACUGUCGGCACUACGAGGACGCGGGUGUCCUCUGUUACGUUUAGGACGGUGCUGAUGUAUCGUGAUACAUAUUGCGUGCUAUGGUGGUGUGUCGAUUUUACAACUCACUUUUGAUGGUGAUUUUUUUCAACGUAUACCUUUUUUUAUACACUUCAUCAAUGGAUAUGGAUCUCUUCUAUUUUCUGUCUUCACAAAACUUGUCAU